AACGACCUGGAUCUCCCACAAUGCAGUUCGGCCGAUUCCCGUGUUAAUGCGGAAAGCGCUGACGGAAGAUUAAAAGAGAAAAACUGAGCUAGUUUUGGGGGUACACAAAAAUGGCUACAGGAGCAGAUGUUCGUGAUAUCCUGGAGCUGGGUGGCGGUGAUUCUGAAAACACACCUAUCAGUAAAAAAGAUAUUAUCAACUCAGAUAAGAAAAAGUCAAAGAAAUCAACAGAAACGCUCACUUUCAAGAGACCGGAGGGAAUGCACAGAGAAGUUUAUGCUCUCCUAUAUUCUGACAAAAAGGAUGCCCCUCCAUUGCUUCCGAGUGACACAACUCAAGGUUACAGAACCGUUAAAGCAAAGCUUGGCUGUAAGAAGGUACGACCAUGGAAGUGGAUGCCUUUUACCAACCCUGCCAGGAAAGAUGGUGCAAUAUUUUAUCAUUGGAGACGCCUGGCAGAUGAAGGCAAAGAUUACCCUUUUGCUCGGUUUAAUAAGACUGUUCAGGUGCCUGUAUACUCAGAGCAAGAGUAUCAGAUGUAUCUACAUGAUGAUGGAUGGACAAAAGCAGAAACAGACCAUCUAUUUGACCUCUGCAAACGUUUUGAUCUCCGUUUCAUUGUCAUCCACGACCGCUAUGACCACCAGCAGUUCAGGAAACGUUCAGUGGAAGAUCUGAAAGAGCGAUAUUAUAGCAUUUGUGCAAAGUUAACAAAGAUCCGAGCCCCACCUGGUUCUGAUCCUAAGCUUUCUGUUUUUGAUGCUGGACAUGAGAGACGGAGAAAAGAGCAGCUCGAGAGAUUGUACAACAGAACACCAGAGCAGGUGGCUGAAGAAGAGUACUUAAUACAGGAAUUAAGGAAAAUUGAAAUGAGGAAAAAAGAACGAGAGAAGAAAACACAGGAUUUGCAGAAACUCAUCACAGCUGCAGACAAUACCACAGAAAUGCGCAGGGCAGAGCGAAAGGCAGCGAAAAAGAAACUUCCACAGAAAAAGGAAACAGAAAAACCGACUGUACCAGAGACUGCUGGCAUCAAAUUUCCAGAUUUCAAGUCUGCAGGAGUCACAUUACGAAGUCAACGGAUGAAACUGCCUAGCUCAGUUGGCCAGAAAAAAAUCAAAGCCAUUGAACAGAUGCUGACAGAAUUGGGAGUUGAUCUAAACCCAAUGCCCACAGAAGAGAUAGUGCACAUGUUCAACGAACUUCGCAGCGAUCUGGUGCUGUUGUAUGAACUCAAGCAGGCAUAUGCCAAUUGUGAAUAUGAGCUUCAGAUGCUACGACAUCGAUAUGAGGCCCUGGCAAAAACAGGGCCAACUAACCUGUCGUCAGAAGGUUUUGGCAUAGAUGGGCAGAUAGGAACUGUGGGACCCAGUUCUGAAGAAAUGAAAGGGGAGGGAAAAGAUCAGUUCAUUGAUGUUGUUGGAGCUGCACCUCUUACACCGAACUCGGUGCUGCGUGACCUGCAGACUGUUUCCGGCAUGUUCUGAUAGGAAGCGAAGAGAAUCUGCUUCAAGCUGUUCUUCUGUAAAGAAAUUGAAGAAGCCCUGAACUAAUCUUAUAGUCUAGAAAAAGGGUGAAAUGUGGUUAAGUGAACCAUUUACUGCAUAACAGUUAUGCAGAAAGGCCAUCAAAACCCCAGGAAAAUUGGGAGCUGUGAACUCCAGUGAUAAAAUUAUCAAACAGUGUUGGAAACCAAUGAAUACUGAGAUCACAACAACAGGAAAAAUACCUUCCAACCUGUGUUUGGUAGAAGUUCCAUCAAAUACCCCAGCUGACCUAGAACUUAAUUGACAGCACACUUUUAUUUUUUCUCUGAACUGGAUUGCGGUCCUUUGGAUAUUUAUUAUAAAUGUUUCCUCUCUAGAAGGUUUUGUUCUUUUUGUAUUGAGCAAUGAAAAUAUCUUUGAGUGAAGAAUACUCACAUAACCAGAGCUUUGUUAUGAAUUAUCCUCAAAGAAAGAAACUGCUACAAGUAUAUACAGAAUCGAGUUCCUAGGAAUUGUUCAAAUUACUUUGUAAACAGCUGUUGUAGUGCAGAGAUAUCAAUGUAGAAUAAAGGAUUUUUAAAAAAUAUAUUUGUGGAUCAUAUGAUGAUUUGAAGUUGGUGGUAGAAAUUCCUGUCAGGCUUGUGAAUAGGGAUAAUAACAUUACAGAUGAAUGUACAUCUUGUGCACCUAAUUUGAAACUUCUGUGAAGAUGAGAGACUUUGAUCACAAUACUGCAAUGUCAUUGUUUUUCUAUUGAUUUCAUCUUUCAGUUUUGUUUUCAGACAGCAAUGCAGUAACCUGUUUCAGAACUCUAAACCUAUUUAAGUAAGUUAAAACAUUUUUGUUUUUUCUCUAUUAAUGGGGCUUGUGAGUUAUUCUAUCACUUAGACUUUAUCCCACACUUUUAGUGUCUGUAACAAUAGCAGUCCCUUUAUUUUCAGUUACAUUGGUUUCUGGGUCUCUCUCUCAGGCCCUAGCCUGUUGUGCCUAGAUUUUCUUUUCCCUUUGUCAAGUGCCUCCUCUACUGAAUUCUUGGGAAAUUAACACCAUAUAGCACUGUAUAUUUUUGCCUCUUUCAAGAAAAAGAAUAGUGAGAUUCAAAGUACAUUUAUUAUCAAAGUAUGUAUGCACUAUACACCUGGAGAUUCAUCUUCCUGCACACAGCCACGGAACAAAGAAACACCAUGGAACCUGUAUAAAGAAAACAGCAAACACCCAACACGUAAAAAAAGUCUCACAAAUGGCAAAAAAUGAGCAAGUAAUACACAGAAUACUAAACAUCAAACUACAGAGUUCUUGAAACCAUUUAGGAAUGUUCAAUUUAGUGCUGUGUUAUUCGUUGACUGCAGGCUGCAGAGCUAGUCCACCCUGAUCAAAAUUGUGCAAAAUAGCAAUAAGGAAAAGAGCAACUAGAGACCAGAAACAUAUAUAACAUAGUCCUCUAAAAAUGAGUCCAAUCCAUAAACUGCCGAUCAAACCUGUCCACGACUCAAGACUCCAAAACCUUCCUCUGGCAGCAGUGAGGGAGAGGGAGACUAGUCAAAUACAGGCAGACGACGCUGAACACGCUCGCCUUCCACUCUUCUCAUUAAUUUCAAUCUUCUUCGAUGCUUUAAUCGGAGAGUUGGUUGAGAAUUGGAGCCAAUCAUGGGUUCAUGCUCCAACAUUAGGCUGUGUGCUCCAUUACCAACCUUAAUCUCAACCAUGCUGAAUUCUCUUGGAGACUGCAAAAGUACCAGACCAUUCAGUUGGCCCAGAAACACAUUAUCAAAAUGUAAAUUACAGCCUCCAAUCACACACAGAUUAGUAAUAGAGAUACAUUUAAAAGAGGUAGUUUCAAGAACUGUCUGCAGGAUGUCGCCGUUGGUUGUUGACACCAUCUUACCGUAUGGGUGAAUAUUCAAGAUUCACGAUUCAAAGUACAUUUAUUAUCAGAGAAUGUAUAAAUUAUACAACAUUGAGAUUUGUUUGCUUACAGAUAGCCACAAAGUGUAAAACCCAAAAGAACCCAAUUAAAUAAAAUAAGAAAUAUAAAUAUGAAGCAGUUGUUGGGAUGUAGAGGAUAUUUUUUUAAAUGCAUUGACAAAUACAAUGUAAAUAGAAUGAAGGAGAUAAGGCAUUAAGUGGAAACUGGAUAGAUAUUUAUUAUUCUACUAUAGUGUACUGUAUCCCCACAGAGUACAUGGAAAUGUUCUGUUUUUCUCACUGUGUUUUGGUGUGCUGUACUCUUGGUCUGGCAUCAAAGUCAGCCAUAAAAGAGAGCUGGAUAUUCCCAAACUCUUUUGACCCAUCCCAUCCCAUCUCCCAUUGUGUAUUGCUUAUCAUACCAUGUAGAGGUUCAUCCUAACCCCAUCCACGUAUAUCCACAUUUCACAAUCGUUAAAUGCAGAUGACGGAUCAUUUCCUCUGUUUUACAUCUCUCUCUUGACCAGUCUAAAACAGACCUCCAAAAUAAUAUAUUUUCUAUUACACUAUUUGUGGUCUUUGCUUUACCAAGUAAUACAUUCUAUGUAAUAGGAAUACUAUUGUGACAUUGAGGUCUAAAUAUAUUAUUCCUAUUCUUUAAAAUAACAAUGCCAUUUCAAAUGUUCAAUCAAGAUAAAUUUGUAGACAUUAAUUUUUUGUAUGUAAUGUGAGAUAAAACGGUGUCCUUUGUUUUAGUGGGAACAAUCCUCAGGCAAUUUGUUUUAAAUAAUAGCAUAAUUACAAACCAUUGCAUUAGGACUGUUCUUUAGAAGCUGACUGGGAUAGUUCUGAGGAAUAUGAAAGAAAUACUGUACUGAGUUAUGACCCAAAAUUCUAAUUCAGCAAAUAUUGGUUAACUGUGUAUUCUUUAAAAUUCAUAUAUAUUGUGAAAAUGGUUCCAGGCAUAACAGCAGAGUCUGGGCAGGAGUUGCACAGGUAGAAAAAAAUGUGUUAACCUUUGCUUCUGGCAAUCUUUGUAAACAGUGUUAAGAUCCAGAUGCUGCAGCUGCUCACGUUCAUGUGCAAAGCUGGAGGCCUUGAUUAAAAGUUAGCAACUGUGGAGCUGCUUCAAUCAUUAUCUGCGAAUAGCAUUUCUGUUUUUAUGAAAUUUGUAUGUUGUUUUACUUGCCAAUAAUUGUUCUGUUAUAUUGCCUUGGAAUCUAAUUAGGAAUUACGCACACUUUAAGUACAUAACACAGAAGAAAUUGAACUGUUAAAUAAUGGAUCUGAUGCAGCAAAGGGGCAGGAAAAGAAAUAGUGAAGGUUUGAUGAUACGGGGACAACAACAGUUGUGUUAAAAGUGUGGUUUGCAUCUUACUGAUGAUCUUAUCUCUGUAACUAAAAUACAAUGCAUGUUAUUUUCGCCAAAUAAAUAAACCAGUAGUAUUGAAGAAAAUUUAUCUACUUUAUUUCUGUUUCUGCAUCAAUAAUGUGUUUCUGCUCUUUUUUAUUAUUUUAAUUUAAACCUAUUUAGCUACUAUCUGUGUUCAAACUUUUCUUGUGUCAUCAUCACAUUAAUGACAACCAUCUUUGGCACUUCCAUUUUUAUCAAAUUAGUUGGAUCAAACCUUGGGGAACACUUGUGGAGGUUGGGAAGGUAGGGGUGAAUUCAUUGGUGCAGAGUGUCACUGGAACCAUUGUUGGAAUGACGCUGACACUGAUUUCUAUAAGCUGAGUAAACAGAAUACUGUGCUGCUACUUGGAGUUUUUUAAAAGUGUAUUGUAAUGAUUUGCUUGACAGAUUUGUUUUUGCCUUUAAAAAUAAAUUGACAUUUAUUUUUCCUAAUUUGUAACUACCUGGUGCAGAGGUUCCAAUGCAGAAGAUUGAAAAAACACCAUCAGGGUUGUAGACUCGACCAGUAUAAGCCUCUCCGCCAUCAAGGACAUCAUCAAAAGGUGGUGCUUCAAGAAGGUGGCAUCUAUCAUUCGUGACCCUCACCAUUCAGGACUUGCCCUUUUCUUAUUACCACUAUCACUGAGGAGGUACAGGAGCAUGAAUAAGUACACUCAAUGUUUUAUGAACAGCUUCUUCCCCUCCAUCAUCAGAUUCUGAAAGGCCUGUGAAUCCAUGAACCCUACCUGAUUAUUUUGCUCUCUUUUUUAAUACAUUUCCAAUUAUA